AUGGACAGGGUUUCAAAGCAAAAAGACGAGAUACCACCCGAUCCUGAGCAAGGCAACGAAACCAGGCUCUCUGAUCUCGAAGGAGAGAUUCCUAUUCUCCUGCCUCGUUGUUACCAUCCCGAUGCCAAAGGGAAUAUGGUAGAGGAUCCUGCCCCUGAGACUGCAACGUCGUCGCCUGCCUCCCCUUCGAGUCGACAGAGGUUUUCCUUUACUCGCACAGCACGAGGAGUCGUGGACUCGUUGCUACCAGAGCCCUUGAAACCACGUUAUGUCAAUGAGAAGCGUUCGGUGAAGAUGGAACCCCUUCCAGCAAAUCUUGUCAAUGCUAGGAUCGCCUCAAUCUACGACGCAGUCCCCCAGCAGCCACGGCCUUCUUCGUCAGUAUACGAUGACGAUGAUCGAUGGCCAGAUUUGACCACAAGCAGUGGAAGUACCUGGCGUUACGAGGGUAAUUCCUCAGGCACGAACAACUCCAGACGGGGCUACGGGCACGCCCGCCAACACAUGCGCCCUGGCAACCCUGACACUUCGAAACCUCUCCCAUUGGAGCCUCCCAAUGCUGUCCACCUCAAAUUAGAGCGGUCGCAGUACUUCGAAGUCGACUCUUUUCCUCGCCAAGAUUCACGUCCUCAGACAGUCUUUCCUGGUGCGAGUUACUUGGAAGAUCGCGAAUCUAUCCUAAAAAUCAAGGAGAACAAGACUAGCCUUCGCACUCUUGACCAGUCUCAGACAUCGUCCAACAACAACAGCGACAUGUAUUCGCAGUUGGCUGCUCUAAGAGUACCAUUUCGACGCAGACACGCAGGUCGUUUGCCUCCUGAGGUUGAUGAAUACGGCGAGAAAGCCUCUCUCUUACAAACUUCAGAAAGCACCACCGCUAUUACUACCAAGAAAGAUCACGUACCCUUCGAUCCCAUCGAUCCUUACCAUCAUAGUGGACAGCCAAAGAAGAAAGUACUGUAUGGACCUGAUGGCUACCUUGGGAAAAGCAAGGACUGGAAGCAGUCGAAUUUGCAGAGGAUGACUGAGAAGGUGGAAUCGCUGAGCAAUCGUGUCAAACGCGGCAUCCAACGUACAGUUGAACGCGACCCUGAUGACAAUAGAAUGGAGUUGCUUCACGGCAUCGUCAUGAAGCCAAGCAUCUCGAUCAACGUCGACCCAGAAGCUCAGUCAGAAAUCUACUCUAAGCUCGAACUAUUUCUGUGUAUGAGCGCCAAUGCGUAUCUGCUCGUUCAGCUGCAGAACAACCGUUUCGUCGGUAACGAUUCGAUCAAGCGAUUCGUUAACUUCUGGAAAUCUAAGAACCGACCUCUCGUUCCCGAAUUCCAGUUUGACUUAAAAACUCAGCGCGACAUCAUCGUGCACAAUCUCAAGAACUUUGAGUUUCCUGGCAAGUACGGUCUAGAUCCAGUGAUGUUGAAGUCUACUUUGGACGCUUGGGGUAGCGUCAUCAGCCAGCUGAAUGUUCGCACCUAUUGUUGGCCCGAUAGCGCUAUUCGCAAACUGUUCCACGAUGUCGAGCCCAUUCUCGAGAUGCUCGGCGCUUCUAAAGACGUUAUUGCAACAUUUCUCGAAAUCAAGCAGGUGGUCGUGGGGCUUGUUCAUCAGGCCAAGUACAAGAAGAAGAUGGAGGCACUGAAGUUCCAAUCUUCUCAACGGGAUUCGUUCUAG